AUGGACAUAUUCAAUCUUACAACAGCCGUUUCUGCCGAUGACAUGAUCAACUGGAGAUUUUUGGAAUCAUUCGGUGUUAAGACAGAAUGUAGCAUCAAAAAUGAUGUAGUUGCAACACCUGCAAUGGGAGAUGGCAAUCAUCUGAACCAAGUGCACAAUUUCCUUGGCCAAGACUAUACCGAAGACCAUUCUUUGCUACUUCUUGAAGAAGCUGUUUUAAAUGUUAAAAAGCCGAAAGUUGAAGCUCCAGUUCCUAAAUCUAAAGAUCCGAUUAAGAAGAAAAAUAAUGUAAAAAGUAAAAAUAUGAAAGAGAAACCAACACGCUUUGAAUGUGAAUUUGAUGGUUGUGGUCGUACGUACAGCACCAUCGGAAAUCUUCGAACACAUAUAAAAACUCAUAAAGGGGAUUAUAAGUACAAAUGUCCAGUGGAGUCGUGUGAGAAAGCAUUUUUGACAUCAUACGGGUGGAAAAUUCAUAUACGAGUACAUACAAAGGUCAAACCUUUUGUAUGUGAAGAAAAUGAUUGUAAGAAGGCAUUCAACACCUUGUAUAGGCUUCGAGCUCACCAAAGAUUGCACAAUGGAAACACUUUCAAUUGUGACUCUGAAGGUUGCUACAAACUUUUUACGACACUUAGUGACUUGAAAAAACAUAUGCGUACUCACACUCAAGAAAAAAUAUUCGUAUGCCUAAAGGAAAAAUGUGGUAAAUCUUACACAACUUUACACCAACUAAAACUUCAUGAACGCAGUCACCCUGAAGUCAAUGUACAGGCUUCUGUUAAAUCAGGAUGUACUAACCAGUUUACUUCCACAAAUCAUAAGGAAAAUGUUCCCCAGACGCAAACUCAGGAUCAAACUAAUCAAAUCCAGCAGGAUAUUUUUAUACCGACACAGGAAAGUCAGAAGCAUCCGAAUUGGAAAUCUGUAACUAAGUCAUUUAGUUACAAUGAUACUAUACUUGAAAACUUAGAGUUACCAGAUGAAUUCGAUAAAUAUAUCACUGAUUCGAAAAAAGAAAAUCCUCAUUUGGAAAAUGUUCUUGCUGAUCUAUCAUUAGUAACUUUAAUUUCAACAAAUUUGGAUGAGAAGAACGAUCAUUACCAUACUUCUUCCAAUAACAUACAACUGCAACCGACUACACAUUUGGCAGAACCACAAAUGAUGAGUACAGCUACUCCAUCGGGACUCUCCACUAAGGUUGAUGAGUUAGUCCAACCAGGUUAUAUGAUUCCUGACAAAACGAUUCCACUGCCAAACUACGAUAUGUUGCCUGCCUGCAAAUAUACUCAACCUAUGAACAAUUAUUGGAUUGAAAAUACUGAGCUAAUACAUGACAAUACUCAUAAUUAUAAUACUGGGCUUGGAAGCCAAGGAAUGAAUGCAGAUGUUUUAUGUACUGCUAAUCAUAAUAAGAUGAAUGAAGAUAUAAAUUUAGAUGCUUUGUCACCAAGUAUUGGAAUUGAUGAACGAUUUUUGAAUACUCCAGCACCUUCAUUAGUACAAAAACAUUUAGAAAGAAGUAGAAAUGUCUACGGUCAUUACCAUACCGAUGCUAGUUUUGACAACAAUAUGUUCUUUAAUUAUGAUCCAACUCCAGCUAAGCCUGACUUUGGAUGGGUACAUAGUUUAUACAAUUCCAAAUCUAAGUCGUCUAGUAAAUAUGCUUGCAGUAAUGUAUAA